AUGAAGAAGACGACGGGUGAUACAGAGAGGUUACGUGAUGAGACUAUUUAUCUUGCAUUCAAAGCCAGUCAACCUUCAAAAUAUUUAUUACCAAUAUAUAAUGCUGGCAAAUUUGAGAUAUCACCAUAUGAAACACCUACAAAUGUUACUCUUGAAAUUUAUGAAGAAAUGCCUCAUAUGUUCCAGAUCCUUGGAUUCAGCGAAUUAGCUUCAUUUUCAUUUCAGCGUACAGCUAAAUUCAUUCGCGAGGCUGUUAUAACCGCUUCAGGAAAAUCCAUAUCAACCCAAAUGACCAAUUCGUCAAAUUACAUUAGAAUAAAUGCAAAUAAGAAAUUUUCUCCAUUAAAAGAAUGUGACUAUUCAGUACUUGAAUGGCAAAAUGUUGGUUGUGCUCCAAAUAUUGAAGUAUCUAAAAUUCCUAUGAAUACACCUAACGGAAGUAAAACACGGUAA